AGUAAAUAUUUUAGCCGUCUUAUCUCAUUUUUGAUACGCGCGUUAGGCCUCAUAAAUGAAUAGUCUUAAAAGUGUUUAAACAUGAUACAGGGCUCGGUUUACCUGGUGAUCGGUGGAAAUUCGUCGCUAGGAAAGGCGAUAGUCGACCGGCUUUUGUUCAAAGGUGCCAAGAUAGCUUUCUGCGAUAACCCCGAUGGCGAUAUCAACAUCUUCGGUGACGACAAAAUCAUUUUCCUACCUCUGAAUAUACUAGAGGACAAGGAAGUCUUGACGGUGCUGGAUAUGAUCCAGCAGAAAUUCGGAAGGCUCGACGGUAUUAUUAACUGCGUGGAUGUUCAAGCCAACGAGCGGGUGUACAAUUUUCAAAGCAGAAAGCCACACGAUCUAGAGAAUUUUACGAAAAUAAUAUCGGCCAACACCGUAGGUCCAUUCAACGUCAUCCGGCUAGCGUUACGACUAAUCGGGAAAAACUCGCCCAACAAAAAUGGCGAAAGAGGUGUCAUUGUCAAUAUAUGUGUCAACUACUCUGGGGAAGCUGGACGGUGUGCCUACAUUGCCAGCAAAGCAGCGUUGAUCGGUGUGACGCUAAGCCUAGAUCAAGAACUCAGAUCCAAACGAAUCAGAGUUGUUUCCAUUCCCGAUGGGGCUUCUAGUAACUCAGCAGACUCAAAUUUAACCAACUUUUUCCUAAACCAAUCGAUUAACGAACGGAGGAGCUGCAGCCCACGCGAUGUCGCGAAUUUUGUUACUUUGAUUAUAGAAACGCCGAGUUUGAGGUCGAAUGUUUGUAAAUAA